AUGGGAGCUUCCAAGAACAAGUUCAAGGUACUUAACUCAAUCGAUCCUGAAAGAUUGUUGUCUGCUGAUGAUUCUGGUAAGAAGCAGAGAGCAGCUUCUUUGGGAGUGGCAAAGCUUGUACAAGAUUUAAAGUUAAAGAAAAAAGAGCAGGUUGACAAAGUAAAGAAAAUGGAGGAUAGAGAGGGUGAUUUCAAUAUCAUCUUGAAUACUGAGGAAAGAACGGGUAGUGUUAAUGCUUCAACUCAUGCUGAUAUUUUGGAUUUUCGGAGCUGUGUGGAAAAUAUGGGAAUUUUCGACCAUCCUUUCACUAGAUCUCUAUUCACCUGGUCGAACAAGCAACACGAUUAUUAUUUAGCUCGCAAGCUUGACCGUGUGCUGCAAAAGGCCAAGGCAAACUGGAUUAAUGAAGGAGAUCAAGAGACUCGCUUCUUCCAUUCGAUGGUGGCAAGAAGAAGGAAAAGUAGCACAAUAAGGGUCAUUUAUGAUCAAUCUGGUGUCAAGCUGGACACUUUUGAUGAUAUGUACAACGAGGUGAUCAAGUUUUUCCAGAACCAGCUGGGGACGACUGAUGUGAAUGUCAAGUGUAGCAAUAUUGCAACAAUUAAAGAACUUCUCAAUUAUUCUCUUCCCCUGGGAGUCGAUGUUGUUUCAUCAGGGAUGUAUCCGAUGUGGAGAUCAAAUAUGACAUUUGGGGACAAGAGAGGUUGGUCCAUUAUUGGUGAGGAUUUCAUAGCUGCUAUUAGGUAUUGCUUUGAGAUUUCUUUUAUACUUUCUGUUUUCAACUCCACAACUGUUGUUCUUGUCCCUAAAGUGCCUAACCCUAGCAUAGUCAAAGAUUUUAUACAUAUAUCCUGCUGCACUGUGAUCUACAAAACCAUCACCAGAAUCUUAGUUAGGCUCUUAUCUACUGUGUUUCCUAGCAUGAUAUCUAAGAAUCAAACUGCUUUUGUUAAAGGGAGAAGUAUUGUAGAUAAUACUCUCCUUGCCCAGGAGCUUGUUAGGGGCUAUAAUAGGAAGAAUAUUUCCUCUAGAUGUGCUUUGAAGAUAGACCUUCAAAAGGCUUUUGAUUCUCUAGAUUGA